AGCACUACGCAGGACUCCAGCUCAAGCAGCACAGAAGGUCCAAGUCCUACUAGUACAAGGGAAUCAUCUUCCAGCAGCACAGAACAACCUGCCAUUAGCACUACCCAAGAAUCCAGCUCAAGCAGCACAGUAGGUCCAGCUAAUAGUACUACCCAAGAAUCUACCUCAAGCGAUACAGGAGCUCCAGCCAGUAGCACUACCCAAGAAUCCAGCUCAGGCCCCACAGGAG